CUGCCAUUUCAGGGUGUGUUCUGGUGCAUAGGGCCAUAUUAAAAGGAGAUACUAAUAGGAGCUGUGGCAGACACUCUCUGAACUCUUCAGCGCGUCACUCAGCAUCAUUUACAACCCAGACAUGGCCAACUAUUCUGGAUUUAGCAGAAGAAAUAAUGAGGAGCUGAGGAUUGUGAUGGUGGGGAAGACUGGCACUGGGAAGAGUGCCUCUGGAAACACCAUUCUGGGGCAACAGUGCUUUAAGUCAAAGUGUAGUCCUAAGUCUAUGACUACAGACUGUGCUAAGGGCAAAGCUGUGGUGGAUGGACAACAGGUUGCAGUCAUUGACACCCCAGGUCUGUUUGACACCAGGUUUGGUAUGGACAAAACAACUAAAGAUGUGUGCCAGUGUAUCUCUUAUGCUGCUCCUGGACCCCAUGUCUUCCUGGUGGUCAUCAGGGUGGGUAGAUACACUGAAGAGGAAAAAAACACAGUGAAAAGGAUUCAAGAAAUCUUUGGUCCAGCUGCAGAUAGAUUCAGCAUGGUUCUCUUUACUCAUGGUGACUCUCUGGACUCCACUAUCGAAGACUACUUGGGUGAAGACCCAGAGCUGCAGGAACUUGUGGACAGAUGUAACGGCCAGUACCAUGUGUUCAGAAACAAGGGGAAAGAUCGAUCUCAGGUCAGUGAGCUGAUCCAGAAGAUCAAAAACAUUGUCUCGAAUAACGGAGGAAGUCACUACACCAAUGAAAUGUUCCAGGAGGCUGAGAGGGCAAUCGAAGCUGAGGCACAACGCAUCCUGAAAGAGAAAGAAGAGAAAAUGCGCAAAGAGAAAGAGGAACUGCAGAAAAAAAUUCAAGAACAACAUGAAAAAGAAAUGAAGAAAAUUCAUCAACUACUUCAGGCUGAGAGAGAGAGGGAGAGGAAAGAGAGAGAGGAGGAGAGGAAGAGGGAGAGGGUGGAGAUGAAUGAGGAGAGAAAGCGGGAGAGGGAGGAGAGAGAGGCAGAGAGAAAGAGAGAGAGAAAGGAGAAAGAAAAGGAGAUGGAAAAAAUGAUGAAUAACUUAACAACAAAAUAUGAAAGAGAUCUAAGAGAGCAAGAAAAAAGGUUGGAGACAAGGCACAAAAAUGAGGCCAGAGAGGAAGCGGAGGCAUCAAAUCCAGUUCAUAAAAUUGUAAAAGGUUUGAAAAGCAUAGGUAGUGGAAUUAAAGGAGUGGCAAGUGGAAUUUGGAGCAUUUUCAAAUCAUAGUGUCUAAAUUCAGGCAGUUCAACCACAGAGGAAAUCCUCCAGAAACUCCCCCAAUAUAUAUAAUAUGAAAAAAAAGAUUUCAUCCACAGAGAUAUAAUCACAAGUUCCUUUCUUUUCAUUAUCUAAUUGAAUUAUAAACUUAAUUUGAUUUGUUUGUGUAGAGCUAUACAGUGCAGGUUAGUCAGUCCAUGUCACUCAUCAUAUCAAUGUCUCACAUUGCCAUCUACUGUUCUUUUUCAGUAUUUGACACUAUAACAUGUUUGCAUGUCAUGAAGAUUUUCAAGAUCAUAUCAUACCUCAAGCUAUAUAUUACCUCAAACUAUUGUUUAGUUUUUGUUUUAAUCUCAUUUAACCAUUGCAAUAAAUACAUUCUUUUUUUGAUUGUU